AUGGCUCCUCCUUCACCAAUCGGAGAUACUGAAGCAGAGGUAAUCAUUCUGGAGGAUCUGCCACCCGUUGGUGUCCCAGGAGCAGAAGUCAUCGAUCUGGAGUCGCCUGAAUGCAAGAGCGGGGCAGCCGGGGCAAAAUCGAGGAGUCACAGUAGUACAGGUCAUCCAAAGCAGCAGGCUUUCAAGGUCUCAGGCACAAGGGGUAACCUUCAAAAGACGGCUGCACGGGUGGUAUCUAGGUAUCGGCAAAGCAGGGUACUAAAUAGACAGAAGAAAGACAACACUACCUUUGGUAUCAAUUGUAGGUGCCAGCCCAAAUGCAUAGUGAAUAUCACUAAAGACUUCGAUGAUAGGAAGAAGGAGUUGAUUGCUGAAAUUGGAUUUGAUGGAAUUUUGGAUAUCAAACUUACUAAGGUAAACAGGCAGUUUUGGGCAUGGCUUCUGAGCAAGGUUGAUCCAAAAUCAGGCACUAUUGUUACAGAUUUCAACCAGGAGUUGCCAUUUGGUCCCAAUGAUGUCAAUGCAGUUUUUGGCUUGCCAUGCUCAGGUCAACUUAUUAUCCCUUGCUCACAAGAUGAAUUAGACGGGAAGAAACAAAAAUUGUGUGAAAUAUUUGAGAUUCCAAACUUUUCACACCUGAAAAUAUCACUCUUAGAGAGAGUCCUAAAGAAGCAGUAUGUUCAUCCCAUGACAAUAGAUGAAAAGAGGGAAUUCAAGGCGGCUUUUGUGUUAUAUGUCACAACAAAGCUCUUGGCACCGCAAUCCUGCGCAAACUUCAUAUCUCCUAGGUAUAUUAGAGCUGUGGCUGAUGUUGACAAUACAAAACAGUACAACUGGUCCCAGUUCGUCGUAGAUGAGGUGAAGAAAGCAGCAGAAUCAUUGCCCAAACGCUUUCCGAAUACGACGCAACAAUCCAUUAACGGGUGUAUCAUCUUCCUAAUGGCAAAAUAUUUCAGCAAACUCGUGAUACGGAAGGUUGGGAUCACGAGUGUUAAAUCAUGCCACAUUUCUUAG